UUCAGUGUGCGUCUGUCUAUAAGUAUUUACGGAGCGUUCGUUAUAGAUCGUUGUGAAAAUGUUGCUUUGAGUUUGCGAAAACCUGAAAGAUUUCUUAUAAAACGUGAAUAAAAUGUUACAUAUUUACUGUGAUAUAUAAAAAAAAAAAAAACUGUGCAUUUCAAAUAUUUAACAUGUGUUUUGUGAACUCAUGCUUCGUGUUCUAAUGUAACUAAAAAAACGUGGACAGACUCAGGUAGUUUAUCUGUGAAAAGAAAUCCGACACACGCGGAUGUAUUACGUCAUAUAUUUGCCAGCUCAAACACCUGCAAUUGAAGCUAUACGAUUUGACCUUACUUUUAUCUUCACAAUGCAACCUUCACCGAGUUCUGGCACGACGGGCACCUCGACGGUGUCGUCAAUGACCGGCGAGGGAGACACGACGCAGAGCAUCGGGAUGUAUCCCGUGGGUGUCGCGACAUCAUCAGCCACGACGACGACGACACCGGUGACGACAGCGUCGACGACUGUGCCGUUGGCCACCACCGACGUCGCCGUCAAUACCGGAAGCGUCGGCAUCGCCAGGAGCGUGUCCGCACCGAGCGCACCACGACCGAUUGUUCAAGUUAGCAGUUCCUGCGCGAGCGCUUCGGCAGCACAACGACCAAGACUGAGGAGGAAUCAAAGCCGGAGCGAAGCUAUUCGGAAUUACAUUAAACGUGAGACAGCGCAAUUCUUUGGAGUUGAUGAAGAAUCUGAGGCUGUGGAGAAACAGAGAUGGCUGGACAGACGGCGACGUAUGGCGUCGAGAAAAUAUGGCGCACUGGUACCGGAACACAGACCGCCGGAUCCGGACAUCACCAGAGACGUGCCGGACACAACGGAAACACCGGAAGACGUUACACUCAGACGAUGGCAGCAACCAGUACGAAGAAAAGAUUCCGUGGCGAGAAUGACAUUAUCGGGUCUUCAUUAUAUCGUCGAGUCAAUGACGAGACAACGUCCUCGCGCGCGUUCGCUUCCGCGUCCGGAAUCGCGCAGCUUCCCGCCGAGCGUGAUUGCGUAUCUGUCAAGAACCGAAGGAGCAUAUCCCGACAGCGGCCAGGACGAGGACGAAUCCUUUUUCGAAAGACCGCCGCCGCCUUCACCACCUCUACCACCGCCGCCGCCGCCGUCGUCUCAACAAUCUCAAACGCAAAUCGAUCAAGCCUCCAGCGGAUUGGUCAAAGACGAAGAGGUCCCUGCCAAGGUCGCGGAUAUUCUCGACACGCAGGAUCGUGAGAGAAUUACUUCGGAGGAAUUAGUUGGAUUUUCGCAGCAAAAAGAUGAUAGAACAACGACUGAUGGACCGCUCGCAGCUAGACGAUCCCGCUUGGUAAUGAGGGACCACUAUGUUUCCAGGUCGAAGUAUGAUAUACCACCUCCGACGGAGAAUACGAGGGUGUCGCAGGAAGAAGGGGUGACUCUGCGAAGGGACAUAACCGGGGCCACGAGGAUCGCCCGCAGCACGAUCGAUCGUGUUUUUGACAACAGCAAUCGGCGACGAUACGGGAUGGGCAUCGUCGGUCGUUUCUUCGGGCGAUCUUUUCGGAAAAGCAUCGCACAGAAACCGGACAUACAGAAGCAGUUGGACGAUUUCGAGGAUCAUCGACCGUACUUCACAUACUGGAUCACCACUGUGCAGGUGUUGAUCUUGAUAAUAUCACUGGCUUGUUACGGAUUCGGUCCUGUUGGAAUGGAUCUCAGCCAUCGAUCGGGAUUGGUUCUUGUGACGAGUCUGUCAUUGCAACAAGUCGAUUAUCAGGAACCGGCGAACUUCUGGUUGGGACCUAGAGCUGCGGAUUUGAUUCAUCUUGGCGCCAAGUUCGCGCCGUGUAUGCGUCGUGACAUCAAGAUUUUGAAGGAGAUCGACGUCUGGAGGGAAAGAGAACGAGACACAGCCUGCUGUAUAAGAAACGACGAUUCCGGCUGCGUUCAAUCCAGCAAAGCGGACUGCUCUGUUCGAGGAUUGAGAUCCACCGCUACGAAUACAAUUUCAACUUGGAAGAAGUGGGGACCUGGCGACAGCGGACCUGGCGGCCGUAUCAGUGGAUCCGUUUGCGGACUGGACCCGAAGUUCUGCGACGCACCGGCGAGCAUCGCGCCCUAUGAAUGGCCAGACGACAUCACCAAGUGGCCGAUAUGUCGCAAAACCAAUCCUUUUAGCCAACGUUUCAGAAAUGGGAGUCAGCGAGGCAACGGCAACUUUCCUGUCGGUCGUUAUAAGGACAAAAUGGCGGAGCACAUGGUAUGCGAGGUGAUCGGACAUCCGUGUUGUAUCGGAAUUCACGGGAUGUGUCGGAUCACAACAAAGGAGUAUUGCGACUUUGUUCAUGGUUACUUUCACGAGGAGGCGUCGUUGUGCUCGCAAGUGGAGUGUCUUCAUGACGUCUGCGGAAUGAUACCGUUUCUUCAUCCCGAAUGGCCGGAUCAGUUCUACAGACUAUUUACCACUAUCUUUCUUCACGCUGGAAUCGUCCAUUUAGCAAUUACGUUGCUCAUCCAAUAUUUUCUGAUGAGGGAUUUGGAAAAGCUGACGGGAUCUUUGCGUAUCGCUCUGAUUUACUUUAUUGGUGCUUUCGCUGGGAAUCUGGCUAGCGCGAUUUUUGUCCCUUAUAGAGCAGAGGUCGGUCCAGCGGGUGCGCAUUUUGCGCUGCUGGCUACACUGAUGGUCGAAGUGCUGCAUUGCUGGCCGAUGCUCAAGUAUCCGCGUCGCGCGCUCUCCAAGCUGAUUCUGAUUCUGAUUGGACUGUUGGCGCUGGGUAUAUUGCCGUGGGUGGACAAUUACGCGCAUCUGUUCGGCUUCAUAUUCGGCUUCCUGGCGGCCUACGCGCUGAUGCCGUUUAUCUCAUUCGGCCACUACGAUCGCAGACGAAAGAUCCUGCUUAUCUGGAUCUGCCUAGUCCUAAUUGUGGGCCUGUUUGCCUUGCUGCUUGCCCUCUUUUAUAAUGUGCCAGUAUACGAGUGUGAGGUGUGUAAACUGUUCAACUGCGUCCCGUUCACCCGUGACUUCUGCGCCUCCCAGAACAUCAAUUUCAAGAGGGAGGAACCAGUAUGACACACGGGGCUGUGGUUCACAGUCGAGAGCAAAAUCGUCCCCCGAUUACAUCGCGCGCAUCACUACUACAAUCCGCCGUUCGUCGCGCUUGUUCCGGCAAUAUUUAUUCUCGCUGACUCCCGAAACCGCAUCCGUAAAUCGAUCGAUCAAAGAAGAUGGUGGUCGACUGGUGUUUUCUUUGAUUUCAAGCGAAAAAAGUGUACAAAGAAGAAAUGUAUCUCGGAGCUAAUUAGGAAAAAAAUCACACAGAGAUUAUUUUUGUUGAAGCUGAAGCAAAUAUUGGAAAGAAUAUUUCUUUUCAAAAUAAUUAUGCUGUUAUGUAUUUUAACGACUGCGCUUCCACAUGUGAAACAAUUAAAAUUACCGAGCUUCUCGAAAUUUUUCUGAAGCCGAUGUUUUUCGAAGUUUCCGGGAUUUUUUUCCGAACUCUUCGAGGAGAUCAACGAUCAGUUUAAAUCGCGAAUGGUCAGUAUUAUUUCGUAUAAGAGCGAUAUCACAGCGCGUUCGGGGGACAUGGGGGUUCGAUAGUGCCUGAAUCGAGCGGGUGAAGGUGAUGGAUCCCGACCGACAUUUUUGCUACUGCCAACGAACGUCAGUAAGGAACUGUGUUCGUCGACGCACGACGAUGCCUUAACACAUUAUUAAAAUCCAAGUGUAGUGAAACAGCUCCCGAUGUGAGCUGACCGGGCCUUGAGAGAGCCUUGAGGACUCUGAAUCGCCGACGGUGUGUAAAUAUUGAAUUUUAAAUUGUCCCGCAAUGAUAACGGAUGGAUGCUUUCAUGGAUUAUUUAGAAAUCCCGCGGUGAAAUUUGGCGCGAAAGCAUCCAAACCUCUCCGGAUGUUAAUAAUGAGACAAAGGGGAAACGAGGAGGGGCAAAUGUAAAUAGGAUCGAGUCUUGUUACCAUUGUAAGAACGACCUUAGUAAGCUAACUUUAGGGAGAACCUUGAAAGUGCGCACGUCUUUCGUCUCUGCACGAUAUAGUCCCCCGCACCUCCGACAUCCGGAACUAUUGUCUGUGAUGGCUUGACCUUGGAGAUAUUUUUCGUAGCACCGCGAUGGCCGCGCGAGCCUUUCUACAAGGACGAUCGAGGGAUGUUUGCUGUUUGGAUACCGAUCGGUAACUCGCUCACUAUAAGCAUUUGUAAGAUGUUCCUUCUCUUUCUAUUUUAAGGAAAUCUGGUAUAUAGUAGUGAAGAGAGCGGAAGAAAAAAAAAUUAAGGGACACGCUUGUUUUCAUUUUAUCGAGUGGAAAAUCAUUUAUCUUCAUUGUGGUAUUUUUAACGUGAUAACAUAUAAAAGUAGGUAUCGAUUUUUAAAAAAUAAAUAUUUCAAUAUUUUACAAUAAUACAAUAGAACAUUACGAGUGUGAUGUUAAUAAUUUUAAUCACAAUAUAAUCUGUUACACAUUUUAAUUGAAAAUUAAAAUUUUUACAAUAUUGAGUAAAUAUACCAAAGAUUACGAAAGUUUAAAUAUGAAAUGUAGUACAAAGUGCAGAAUAUAUGUGUAAUAUUGCGAGAUAAAUAAUAGCUAUCGAGAUAUCUGAUUGGUAUCCAAAAGCUGGAACUUCUUAUCAAGGAUAGGAGGAAAGGGGAAGUCCGAGGUAAAGGAGGCGGAAGGAAAGUGUUAACGAUUUAAGGCGAAAUGAAUCAAUUUUUAUAACGACGUGAGAACGAGAGAGAGAGAGAGAAAGAGAGAGAGAGAGAGAGGAACGUGCGAAUAUCAGAAUUCUUAAUCAAUUACGAAAUUAAAUCUGUACAUUGUAAAUAUAUAUUUGCGAAAAUGUAAGAGAAUGUGAAGAAAAAGCAAAGAGGAGACAAGGGAAGGAAGAGAUAUAAUACACGCGAGAUACUUUGAUUUUAUAUUGUAGGAAUUGAAACCGUUAUAACUUUUUGUUAGAAAAGAAGAAACGACGUCAGAUUCCUACGCUAUAUCGUUAUUUAUUAUUCACGAUAAUGAAAUCAUUUUUUUUUUUUUUUUUUUUCAAUAUAUACAGCACGGACAAAAACUGUCUCUUAAAAAUACAUACAUAUACCGGUUUCAAUUUCUAUUUUAUAUUCGAUAUACAUGCAUAAUUUAUAACUUCUAUUUUGUUAAUAUUCGUUAUUGGUUAAUAUUCGCGCUGUAUUCUACAUUGCUGUAAAAACUAUAUGUUAAAUUUAAAUUUAUAAAUCUACGAAAUCGUACUUGGCUGUGACACCACCAACUCUUGGAAAGCAUCCACCAAAUUUUGUUAUACUAACUUUCAAUUUCAAUUAUAUAAGAGGAUUUUGAGAGAAAAUGCAACUGCAAAAGUGAAACACCUAAAAGCAAAUUUGUGAUUAAACUACUUAAAAAAAAUAAUUCGUCACACAAUUGUUUUGUAUAAUUUGUGUGUUUUUAUAUUUACAUAUUCACAUAUAUAUUGUAUAUUCUAUAUUAUACUUAUUUUAAAAAUAUAACAUUUUAACAUGACAUCUCUAGCAAUAUAAAACAUCCGCGACGAUAUUUCGUCAAAUAUUUACGCAAUUAUAAAUGUGCGUGAAAAAAAAAAAAAAACGUAAUUUUACAGUAAAUGCCAAUUGCAAGCGCCAUCUUAUCGAUUAUUAUGAUUGUUAUUGCAUUUGCUCGCAUCAAUCCAAAAUAUACAUUUGGAAAAUUUGUGAUAUACAACUGAUGAUCGAACGAAGAGAGAGAGAGAAGAAAGAGAGAAAAAGAGAGAGAGAGAAAGAGGGAAAAAAAGAGAGCAAGAGGAUGAGUGCGUGCGUGCGUAUGUAUGUAAGUGUUCGACGUAUGUCGUCACACGCGGCAUGUGAAAGAGCACGUGUAUGUUUGGAGUGACCCACAUCGCCAUAUUAAACUUUUUUUCGGAUUAUAUCUAUAAAUAUAUAAAUAUAAAUAUACAUACAUAAACGCGGGUUAAGGUGAAUCGUCGAACAACGUAUUGUUAUUAUUGUAAAUGUGUCAUAUACAAAAAAAAACCUACUAGCAUGCAACACGCACACAAUUACACAAGAACAGUAUAUACACAAAUAUAUGAACAAUCGUAUAUACACACGUACACGUACACGUGCGAUGGAGAUAAAAAAAAAAAAAAAUAAAUUGAGAAAAACUUUCGAUAAUUCCAUACCGAUCACGGCGAGGUGGAAUGUCUCGCUCUCCUCGUGGAGGCGAGUGCGAGAGGAGAGGGCGAUUUCAUUCCAAUUAUGAUUGUUGUAGAAGCGAAAAAUCGCGAGCAAAUUGCGCGACCAACUCAGUUUUUCAGUCAAUCGAAUUAUUUGAAUUAUAGAAGAAAAUUUAUAUAUGUACACGUGUCCUCUAUAUUUAUAUAUUAAAAA